AUAUUAAGUAUAAAAUAAUAACGAAAAAAGUAAAAAGGAAGCAUAUGCGAAUACCAUCAGCUUAUGAGACAUUCUCUAAGGGGCAUCGACGGAUUACUAUCAGUUUACUCAUUCGUCCCGGAUGUUCAAUAAUCUUGAGUGCACCUGCGAUAGAAGUUGUAUGGUGGUGCCGCCAAUGCAAUAUAACGGAAAAUAUGCGAAACUAUUGAAAGGGCAUCGCGUUCGUCUGUUCCCGUCGUCGUUCGUGCACAGCGGUCAGAGACACGAGAGCUUUCAGUCUGUGGAAAGAGUAAUUUGAGAGAAAGAAAGAAGAAGAAGGAGAAUAUGAAACUGGGAAGGGAUUACGUUCGGUUCUCAUCGAUGUACGCGUUGAGGCGAAGAGGAAGAGAGAGUGAGUGAGAAGCAUUGCCAAGCGCACACGGUAUGAACGUUCAGUGGCAUGUUUCAAACACUCAACAUGCUUGUAGUUGGCGCGAGGUUGUAAUAUCGUUGAAACGAAAGAGUAGUUUGCGCGUAUUCUUUGCACUUGAAACAACGGACUUGACAAAGUGUACAAUUCUUACGAAGCCAUGUUUAAUUCGACAUAUGAACAAGCAAAAGUGUCUUACAGUAAUCGUAAUAGUGUCCUGCUGUGUAAGUAAAAACGGAAUGAAAUAACGUGUGGGGGAACAUAAAGCGAAUUUUGACAUUCCUUCAAGAAGAAACGUCGCAUUGAUUUAUAUCUUUUACAGACGACGAAAGCAAAGUUUAAUGUAAGAAGAAAAAGGAAGCAUAGUGAAAUGUAAGUACGCGACAGUACCGGCAUUAGUGUGCAUUUCUUAAAGCGGGUCGCAGCCGCAGAUGCUGCCCUGUCUCUACUCUCAGAAAGUCGUUGUUUCUGCUACUCGAAAAGGAGAACGUGAUUCCUACAUACCGGAACAAUUUACCAGUUUUUGUCUUUAAAUUUACCAAUGGAAUCUACAUCUGAAUCAUAUUUACAAAUGUUUGGCGUUUAUGUAUCGGAACAAUAUCGUAAAUAUAUUUAGAGUGAACCUAUUUUUUGAUAGUGUAAAAGUAUAAUAAUUGCAUGAGAACAAUAAAAAUCGAAAAAUGUGUAAAAAGAACAUUAUACACGUGAUACGUAAAACCAAGGUCGAGAUAAAUAGAGGGUAAGAGUGUAAAUAAAAGUGCACUAUAAGUGAGACGACAAGACAGUGAAAGUGUUUUUCUUUUACUAAAUUUAAUUUUCUUAGUGAUGUGAAGAAAGCAAUUUAAAAAAUUUUGUGCUAUAUUUUUUUUUUGCGAUAUUACAAAGUGACAGUGCGAAAUUUAAAGAAAAAAGUGUUACAAUAACGAGUACAUAUAUGUUUCUGUACAAAUGUAGAACCACGGUAUCGUCUCAAGGCAAGAUAUCAACAGUGGACUUUUCUUUGACGGCCAGCUAUGUUAACGGUGGAAUUCCGCUCGAGAGGAAUCUGAAGGCGGGGACUCUGACGUCACUCCGCUCAUGAUAAUGAGCGUGUAUGUGGCACGGGGAGUAUGUGCUCGCGCGCACAGAUAUGUGCCUGUCGACUGGUCGGUGAUAGAGAGUUUUGGAUGGAUUUAGAGCGCAGUGAAAUAUGCCAAGGAGACGGAAUGGGGAGAUACCGCUUCCGGAAGGGUGGGACGUCGCACAAGAUUUUGAUGGAAAAGUGUAUUUCAUCGAUCAUAACACAAGAAAAACAACGUGGAUCGAUCCUAGAGACAGAUUUACAAAACCUCAAACAUUUGCAGACUGUAUCGGAAACGAACUUCCACUUGGAUGGGAGGAAGCUUAUGACAAACACGUGGGUGCAUAUUAUAUUAAUCAUGUCAAUCAGACGACGCAACUCGAAGAUCCAAGGCAAGAAUGGCGAGCCAUUCAGGAGGCCAUGCUUCGAGAAUAUCUUCAGACGGCACAGGAUGUACUCGAGGCGAAGAAGGAGAUCUACGAUGUGAAACAACAGAGGCUAUGUCUGGCCCAAGAUGAGUACAAUCACCUUAACAACGCUUUAACGACGCUUGGCGCUUCGCGUACAAGUUUGUGCUCCAGUUCAAGUUCAUUGAGUACCAAGUACGAUCCGGAUCUCUUGAAAUCCGAUGUCGCACUCGCAAGGAGUAGAGUUUCCCGCCUGAAACGAGAGCUCGAACAGAUCCGAGCUGAAAUGAACUGCACACAACGAGGAGUGGACACUCUUGCAAGUGUUGAGCAAAAAUUGAGUGGUCAUCAUGGCGGUUGUUACAACAUCACGGAGGCUCAGGCGAUUAUGACAGAGCUUCGAAAUAUUCAAAAAUCGCUGAGCUCGGGCGAAAAGGAGAAAGCUGAGCUGAUGCAGUCUUUAGCUCAAUUGAAGGAUGAAUUGACGAGAUUGCAGCUUUGCGAAGGUAGUCCCGAGGCCAGCACGCUCAGUUUACCUCAGGAAAAACUUAGCACGGCAUCUCAGACCGAUUUAUCCGGCGAAUUAGUGCCUAUCGGCACGCGUUUGGCCGAAAUGGCUCGGAUGAGGUUGCAAUAUGACGAGGCGAGAAAGAGGAUACAGCACAUUCAACAACAAUUAGCGGAUCUCGAGGAAAAGGUAACUCCUGGCCAGACGGAAAGCGACAAGGACAAAUUGCUGCUCUUCCAGGAGAAAGAACAAUUGCUCCGAGAAUUAAGAAGUAUCACGCCACGUACCAGAACGCAACAAGAUAUGAAGAAGAUCCAGAACGAGAUCCGCCGCCUCGAGCAGGAUCUAAACAACGCGCUUGAAUUGUCGAACAAGACGAUUACCGAUCGCGUGCGGCUACACGAAGAAAAACAAUUGUUACUACAGCAAUUGAGGGACGCUUUACGCUCGAUGGCGAUGCUCGAGGGUCAGUUGAAAACUCUUAGCGCGAGCACGCUUUCGGUCAGUAGUAGUUCCAGUCUUGGAAGUCUGAGCACGACUAGCAGUAAAGGUUCCCUAAGUUCUGGAUUGAGUUUCACCGAUAUUUAUGGUGGCCCCCAGUGCCUUGGUCCUGUCACAUCUCAACAAGACAGACCGGUCGACAUGGUUGAUCUCCAUAGACGAGUGGAGAGAUUGCUCAGAGGCUCGGAACAGAACAAUCUUGUGAGCACACCAUCGCCGGGUCGAUCGCAACCAAGUUUGUCACCAAGAUCGAGCCUGUCUAGCGUCAGUCCACCGGUUUCACCCUUAUACGAAAAUGCCCCGAUGGGCCCACCACCCGCGUACGAACACGUGGAGAUGCAGAGACGACAUCAGAGACUCACCGCCUCGUCUAACGUUCACUUAGACGGAAAUCAGUUGGAAGAUCGUUUGGCGGAGCUUAGGCUUAGUCAACAGCAAACGUCGUCGCAAGAACAAACCUGUGCUGGUUCCCAAGAUCGUCUCAAGUUGGUCGGUGGUCCACAUCCACCGGUCGAAUUGCAAUCUGGAAAUAUGUCCCAAGGCAGCGGCCUUGGCAGGCCUGUAUGCGUGAUGCAGCAUCCUUCGCAGGAUCCACCGCCUCUUUCACCUAUCAGCGAAACACCUCCUCCCACCGGUAUUCGUUCGAGAGCUAGCAGUUCCGGUACGAAUACCAGAUCUGUCUCGGCUGCCGUUUCCGAUGAAAGUGUUGCAGGUGAUUCAGGAGUAUUCGAGGCCUCUAACCGAAGGAAACUACCAGGAGCAAUUGAUGACGUGAAUUCUUUGGCGUUGGGGGAGAUGAGCUUAGAGACGGCACAGGUGCAAAUUAAACUUAGAUAUUCUGUAAGUGACGGUUUGCUCCAUGUUGGAAUUGAACGUGCCAGAAAUUUGGCUGCUCUUUUUAUUCCUAACAACGCGCAAGUAUAUAUAAAGGCUGCAUUGCUUCCAAUGCAACCGCCUGUUAAUCACAUGUGUUGUACAAAACCAGUUGUGGAUCUGCGCAAACCAACCUUCGGUGAAACAUUCCCGAUUGCAGUUCCGCUCAACAAAUUAUAUACGAAGACAUUACAAGUCAACGUUUGGUGCACGAGCAAUGAGUCUGAGGAAUGCUUGGGAUCCGCCCAAGUGUCUCUUGCAGACUUUAGUCCAGAAUCACCAAGUGUAAAAUGGUAUAACAUACUCUCUUUCCGCUUCAUGCAACCAUCCGAUAGCCCAAGUACUAGCACCAGCAAUAGCAAUAGUAUCUCCACCAGCGUAAUGAGGCAGGCCAAACAUGACAAACAAGAAUCAGAUUUAUCGGUAUAUCGUGGUGUACAAAAUAUGAAAGAAGAAAGUAGUGACGAGAGCACGAUCAUUAGCUCUCAAACAUCGACUUUGACGAGAAAUCAGGGAUGCGAUGAACUUCAGACAGCAAUUUCGUUAAGACUAGAAGAAUUAGCCAAUUGUUUGGGAAGUCCAGAAGAAGAGGAUGAAAAUGGUGGUAGCGAAAGCGGAAGUGAGGAUAGCGAUGAGGAAGGUAUCAUUGUGGAGUUUACGAUGGAAGAUAAUGUUCUGGAGGAUGUAUUGGAGCAUGAGGAAGAUGAAGAAUUAAACGAAGAAGCAAGACAGACUCAGGAUAAAGAAACCAAUACUGAAUGUGUUUUUAUCCCAGAACAAGGAAAACAGAGGAAACUUUCAGCAGCUGGUGUUGUUUCUAGCGCUAUUCACGAUGACAAAAAUUCUAUUGUAAUUAAAAGAAGUCAAACGUUUUCACCUAGUGCUGCAGUCAGCAAAAAUCAUUAUAUUUGUCGGUUAAAUCGUAGCGAUAGUGAUAGUAGCAUGCCACUUUAUCGUAGAGGCGGACCUUUUCAACGAAAUUCAGUCGAAAGACGAUCACUUAGAUGGCGGAGACCUUUAUCUGCACUCAGUUGUAAAACUGUCUCAAAAAAAUCUACAAAUUUACCACCUACCGCUAGAACAUCUUUAGAUCUUGAAUUGGAUCUUCAAGCACAACAUGCUAGAUUAAAUAAUCUUCAAGAUGAGUUAAGUAGGUUACGUGAAUUAAAGCAAAGGUUAGAGCAAGCGCGAGAGAAAGGGGAUACCGACUUUACAACAUGGUUGUUGGAGGAUCACAAAUUUCAAAAUUUAAUGGCACAAGCUGAAAGUGGAAAAAAUGGCAAAAGUGCUGAGGACAAAAGAGUAGAAAAAAUGUUGAAAAAGACUUCAAAAGAAAUCUAUAAAUUACGGAAAACAAAAGCUGGUAAAGGAAAACCAGAUAUUAUUUCAUUCAAAGAAAAAAUGGCGUUUUUUACACGCGUUAAUCUCAAUGUUCCUGUACUUCCACCCGAAGAUUCAAUAUGUGAAAAUCUAUCAUCAUCAUCAUUUAUUCAGCAUAGGAGACACACUUCGGAGCCAGUUACUACCGAAUAUAUGGUUACUAAACUUGGUGCUCAAGAUGUUUCGAAUUUGACCGUUCAGUCAGAUAGUGUUCCUAAUGAAAAUACAUCGAAUGAUGGUGAAGAGCCAAGAAGGUACGAAUACGUUGUCGAUAGAGUUCUCGGUGUUGAAGUGUAACGUUUACACUUAUUAUUUUUAUCAAUGGAUAAGUUCUUCAAAUUAUUGGAUAAUUUAAUUAAUACGUAUCAAUCCAGUGACUUUCGGGCAAAAACAAAGAAUGGAAAAAAAAAAAAAACAAUAGAAUAUUGUUUUUUUUGCUUUUUUUCGAAUUCUAAGUGCCAUGCACGAUGAUUGAAAAAAGAAUAGAUAAAGUACAUUUACCGAAGUACAUUUGAACAGCACAUACGUAGUGAUGCUAGUGUAAUUAAUAUAAUAAAUUGAACAAAAUGUUACUGA